AUGUCUGAAGCACAAGAUCAACAACCGAAGAGUACCAAGUUAUACACCCCAACCUUCCGUGUGCAGCUCAACAAGCCAUUCCAGCCUGUUGAUGCCAUCGAAGUCGCUACCAAUGCUGGUAUUGGUGGUCUUCUUGUAAGUUCUGUGUUCGCUGCUGGUUACAACUCCCUUAAUAAAUCCCAAGCCCCAGCCUUCCACAGAAUUCGUUUGUCAGGCGUUCUUGUUGGUGCCGUUACCGUGUCUGCUGCCGCCUACUCAUUUAUUGAAGCCCUUUCAGGAAACUUGAGACAAAAAAAUGAUGGUGUGAACGCCUUCUACGGUGGUCUUGUCUCGGGUUCUAUCAUUGGUUCCGUCUCUAAAAAUGUCGCCAAAACUGUGGGCUGCGGUUUCGCUUUUGGUUGUAUUAUGGGUCUAGUGUCUUGGGGUGGUCAAAGUGUCACUGGGUUGGGUAAAGAUUCUCCAUAUGAUUCCAUAGAUAAAUCCGAACCAGUUCCAAAGCUCUUUGGUGAAAAGCAAGGUGUUUGGGAUGCUGCUUAUAGAAGACCAAUGUCUCAAACCAUUGAAAUGUUGGGUGAAGACAGCAUCGCUUUGAAGAAAUGA